AUGCCCAUUCCGAUUCAACAUCCCACAGCUUCAUACCAUGUUCCUGUACAUGAUGUUUUGACACCUCAGAAGAACAAGAUCUACAAAUUGUCAUUCGUCAUAAAAUCACUCCACAACUACAAACUGAGCGGAGGGGAACGGGAAUGGGGGUAUAUGUCGGGGGGCGAUGACGCUCCCCUUAAUGUGGACGAGUCCGAUACAAUGCAGCUAAUACGACAGGCAGUCUUAUUCGAGAACCUUGAACUAGUCACUGAUUUGAUUCGGGAGAAUCCGUGGAGUCUUACAAGAACGGAUCGACAUGGCCGCACUCCUCUGAUGCUUGCCGCUCAUAACGGCAGGGUGGACAGUUUAAGAGCCUUGCUAGCAUUAAGUGACAAUCAUGUCAAUGCGAGUAAUGGUGCUGGUAAGACAGCGCUACAUUUGGCUGCAGAGGCUGGCGAGGUUUCGGCAGUUCGGCAGCUUCUUGUUGCUGGUGCUGAUACAGGACGGCGUGAUGCAGCUGGCCACUGUGCGUUGGAAUCCGCCCAUAUAGCUGGACAUGAUAAUGUAGCUGCUGCGAUUAUUGAGAGUAUUCAACUCGAGAACGACAAACUCAAUGAGGCGCAUACUAAUUUGAUGAUUGCUUGUGCUGAAGGGGAUGUUGAGGCAGUUGAUCGAAUUCUAGCUGACUUUCCUGCGAAAGAUCAUUAUGCGAUACUCAACGGCCGUGCGCCCGAAAGUGACACUGCACUCUUCAUUGCUUGCACGAAUGGCCAAUACGAAGUCGUGAAGCGACUGCUCGAGCCCAACUAUGACCACGUUUUGGUAAAUCAGAAUACUAAAGACACUGUACUUCAUGCCGCAGUGUCAUCUCAAAACGUGGACGUGUUGCAAAUCAUGCUUGAGGCAUUUCCGGCUUUGAUUGCAAACUCCAACUGUGAUGGUUGCUCUUGCCUCCACUGGGCAGCUGAAAGCGGCUCUACCGAGAUUGUAAACCUUCUCGAGUUUGAAUAUCCUGAACAAUUCAUCAAAGAGAUUGAUUUGUUGUCAUGCCCUCCGUAUCGGUCCGCUAUUGAUGUAAAUCAUGGCGAUAACGAAUGUAGAACUGCGUUGUACCGUGCUGCAUCGAAAGGUCACACAAAUGUACUUCAGUAUAUGUUAGCGUUCCGGUGUCUAUUCACUGAUGGUGAGAUGCGAUGUCCGUUCCAGCUGGACGUGUACUGUAGUCGUGGCAGAACUCCUCUCAUGGUUGCUGCGUACAAUCAGUCCCUUCCUGUGCUUACCCUCUUACUGGAUGCUGGUGCAGAUGUUAAUUUGCCAUUGGCUAUUUUGGAUUCGGAAACAUGCGAGGAAGCUCGAUGCGUGGGUUCUGGUGCUCUCGUGGAAGCGACAAGAUCCGACGCAGUUCACAUUGUACACUUUCUUCAUGAUCGAGGAGCACUCGAUACCGACAAUCGGGCCUUGCGUCUAGCUGCUAAGAAUAAUAAUCUCAAAUUAAUACGGGUGUUUUUAACGCGGCUUGUCUAUCCCGAUCCCGAAUACAAAGUGAACAAGAAAAACAUCGACGUCGGACAGUCGGACUGGUUUAUAGCAGCUGCUCUCCAAAUAAAUACUCGUCUUCGUACUACUAGAUUAUCACUGGCCGCUAUAACACGGGUUGACCUUUCAUGUAAUCGACUUACAGUUUUCCCAUCGAUUCUUUUUCAGAUGCCUUCUCUCAGAUCUCUUAAUCUUGCCGAAAAUCUCAUUACUACUAUUGAUAUGCCCGGUUUUUAUGUUACCUCUACGUCGCUAGAGAUUCUAAAUCUCAAACAAAAUCGACUGGAGUCGAUUUCCCCUCAGGCACGUUAUCAAAGAUUAUUAUUAUUAUUAUUUUCUUUGGUUUCCGUUGAACAGUUUCAGAUAGACAUCUUUCAGUUUCUGUCCUCAUUGCCUCAGCUAACAACACUCGACAUUUCUCGAAAUUGCCUAAAUCAACUACCGGAAUUUAUCUGGCUGUGCCCUUCAUUAAAAGAAAUCAAUGCUGCUUCUAAUCAUCUGGCAUCACUUCCUAUGGUUGGCAGCGCUGCUAGAAUAGGCCGGAUUGCUCGGGGAACUCAGCAUCCUUCAACCCCCACCAGUCCUACUAAGGCUGAGUCAAUUAGUAUCAGCGAUGCCAUUGAUGAUCCUUCGAAUGUCUUCAGGAAGCCGUUGAUUAGGCAGAAUGUAUGGCAAUCUGUGAUCAAUUUAUCUAAGGUAGAUGAUGAUAGCUUCUUUCCCGAUUUCCCCAUAACGUCUUCCAGUACGCUUACAACAUUGAACCUUUCUGCGAACAGGUUCCAAGUCUUCCCCUUUUGCCUUGCGUGUACAUGUCCACGUCUGCUAUCUCUAAACAUGAGCUUUAACCAGCUGGUAUCUUUGCCACCAAUACAAUGUAUUCCUGCACACUUACGAAAUCUGGACCUUUCUGGCAAUUUAAUUAGGUCGGCAGUGCGCUCACAGCGAUCGCUCUCUGUUUCUCGGCAUCAGCCGGACAUCCAAUUGGAGGAGGCCUGCCAGCAUAAGCAGCAUGAUACUCUAGAAUGGCUGAAGACUCUGAAUAUUAGCAACAACCAGCUGGAAUCAAUUCCUAUAUGUGCGAAGAACAAGGUGCUUUUUCCGAAUCUAAGCGUCUUAGACGCAAGUUCCAACAUUAUCAAAGUGAUCAAUGCUGAUGUAUCGCGAUUGAGCAGCUUGUCGGUUUUGAAUCUAACAGGAAACAAAGGAAUCCAGACAUUGCCUCCAGAGCUUGGAAUGUUAUCACGGCAAGUUCUUAACCUCUGGGUAUUGGGGAGGUUGAAAUGUUCACUAGUGUUGAGUUUUCGUCUUAUUCACAUUAGGCCAUCGGAAUGGAUCAUCUCUUUUGUUAUGCUUCUUUUUCUUUCACAGGAGCCGUUCCAAUCGCCCUCUAUUGUCCAUACAGUUUGCCAUGCUGUGACUCCCUCAACGGAUUCAACGACGAUGGCAGUUCGUCGGCCGAGAAGUCCUGCUAGGCAAAACCGGAGUAGAUCCAAGUCGGCAGUGCGCUCACAGCGAUCGCUCUCUGUUUCUCGGCAUCAGCCGGACAUCCAAUUGGAGGAGGCCUGCCAGCAUAAGCAACAUGAUACUCUAGAAUGGCUGAAGACUCUGAAUAUUAGCAACAACCAGCUGGAAUCAAUUCCUAUAUGUGCGAAGAACAAGGUGCUUUUUCCGAAUCUAAGCGUCUUAGACGCAAGUUCCAACAUUAUCAAAGUGAUCAAUGCUGAUGUAUCGCGAUUGAGCAGCUUGUCGGUUUUGAAUCUAACAGGAAACAAAGGAAUCCAGACAUUGCCUCCAGAGCUUGGAAUGUUAUGGUCUCUUUCUUUGAAAGGCUGUCAAUUGAAGGAGCCUUUAGAUUCAAUGGUAAAUACGGACAAUUGCAAAACUGUUGAAAUUGUAGCUCACCUGAAGACAAUUCUGGAAGAGACUAUUCAGGUCGAAACUUAUAUCACUUCGACUCCUAAUUUGGGAAGCGAUGGCGUUGAAAAGUCACUGUGGGAAGCUCUUCCGUUCUUGAAGCACGUGCAGAAGGAAGUUCCUCCCAGAGGCUUAUUAUUGCAGGGCGAGAGCGUUCGCAUAGCGGAGUGGAAGUUUGAAGCAAAGAAACAAAAGGGCGAAGCUGCCCUUGGUCCGAUCGGAUAUUCUGCAUGGGACUUCACAGGGCAGCGAGAAUACCACGCCACACAUCACUAUUUUCUCACUCGACGAACACUGUAUGUUGUUGUUUGGAGGGUUAUCGACGGAGAUUUGGCCCUUCAUGAUGUCCAGAGAUGGCUUAUCAACAUUCAGGCAAGCGCUCGAGCUCCCAAUUCUUGUGUCGUCCUAGUUGGAACUCACGUCGAUCAAAUCUCUUCGAAUCCAACGAAAUUUCCUCAUGGUUUUCUUGAAGAGAUGGAGAGCAAAGUCCGAUCACGAUUCAUGAUAGUCGAUGCGGACAAGCAUGGCCUACCACGUGUUCUAGACCUUGUUUUGGUUAAUGGGAAAGCGAAAAGUGACAUCAAGAAUCUGUUGAAUGUGAUCUACAACUCUGGCUGGGAAGUCAGGAUUGGCAAGGAACGCGCACUUGAUCAGCAAAUUCCGUCCGCCUACAUCGCUAUGUUGAAAAAUCUGUUGAAUGUGAUCUACAACUCUGGCUGGGAAGUCAGGAUUGGCAAGGAACGCGCACUUGAUCAGCAAAUUCCGUCCGCCUACAUCGCUAUGUUGAAAGUGGUUCGUGAACUACAUGCUGACUUACGUAGGGAUGUAACAUCGGCUAUCAUGACAGCCGAGCAGUUUCGCGAUCGAACGAAACAACGGAUGGUUUCAAAAUUUGGAAGAACUUUCAGAGACGACAUCGAAUUUCGUGGCGUAUGUGCUUUUCUUCAUGACAGCGGUGAAAUAGUCCACUUUGAGGAUGCUGCCUUGCGACAGCUCAUCUUCGUGGACCCCGUUUGGCUUGCCGACUAUCUCGCAGCUAUUGUCGCCUUGAGAUCUCCUCAUCGAUCAGCGGGUUUACUGUCUCAGGACGCACUGACGCCCUUAAUCAAGCAGUUCCGCUGUGCUGACUUUGGUGCACCGCUUCGUGGAUCGCUGCUGGAUCUUCUCCAGAAAUGCGAACUUGCACUCCCUUGCCUUGCCCGGCUACUUGUUGUACCAGCCCUUCUACCUGACGAGUACCGUCUCAGAGCUGAUUUUCAUACCGCAUGCGUGAAGCUCAUGAUCAAAGGUCAUUCAGUCUUCCUUCUCAAGCAGUUCUAUGCGCAGGCAGAAGUUCGUGACUUGGACUAUACGCUUUUGAAUUUCCGGACACGCGAUGAGCAGAAGCGAUGGCGUACUUUUCCACUUGAUCAGUAUGCUCUCGUGGAAAUGUUAUUUCCUGCAUUAAGUGUCACGGUUAUUGAUAAGGACCACAAAAUGACAAUAUCAACUGAAGGAGAGGGAUCGACUAGACUUCUUGCCCUGGUGGUUGAUCUUCUUGAUACUCUUCUGGAAGACUGGUAUCCAGCGAUUGGCACCAGAUUCGUGCACUCGUCAGAAGGAGAUCUGCUGGUGAAUCGAUUUGUGCCGUGCUCGAAAUGUGCAAGUGAAAUCACUACUGAGGUUCAGCGCGCUCGUGAUGAUGCUGAUCUCUCUUCGCGGAAAAGCAGUGAUCACAAAUCAGUCUUCGAAACUUGCUCUGCUUUAGAGUGCGAGGUUCGAAAACUACCGGUGAUAUCUCAACUCUCUACGUCAUACAUUGCUUUACAAUCGAGGAGUGCAUGCUUGCAG